AUGCCAAGCGUAUUUUCUGUUGAAUCACUGUUGGAUCUUCGUGAAGCACCAUCACCCUAUUCAAUGAAUUAUAGAGGUUUGAAUUUAGCAUUUGAUCCUUUGAACUCAGAGAAUACAGCUAAGAGUUAUCUAAAAUCCUGCAUAGCUGACGCUCCGUUUAGUUUUCUGAAAGCACACAAUGAUUUUGCUAGUGAUUCAAACCAUCCAGCAAAUUGCAGUUCCAAAUUCAGCCUUGAAUUCAAUAAAAGAGAAUGCAAAACCCGACGUGCCCGUACAGCAUUCACUUAUGAACAGUUUGUUGCAUUGGAGAAUAAAUUUCAAAGUACUAUGACGGUAAUAUCGCAAUGCAUAGAACCAGCACUGAGUUCGCUGAUAUCCAAUAGAUGUCCUACAUUCUCUUCCUUUUUCUCAUCAACAUCAUCAGCAGUAUCACUUUCAUCCUUAUCAUUAUCAGCACCACUAACAUCACUUCAACAGUAA